AGCCACCUGCAACACAUAGUGACAGGAGAGAAGAUAAGUUGGGUAAGUAUUGGUGUUUAAGCUAUGAAAAAAAAAGUUAAACAGCACCACCUUGUGGAAAAACAGUUUUGCUGCAUGAAAUAGUCAUCUAACUGAAACAGAUUUUUGCACUAUUUCAAAAGUUGACAUGAGAGGCUAAAAAGUUUUUUGUGCCACAAUGUAAACAUUUCUAUUUCUGCUGUAAAGUUUUCCAUUUUAACAUGGGCAUCUGUGAGGACUGACUCUUUUAGAGUGAGCCUCAAGUGGCCAUUUGGGGAACUGCAGUUUUUAGUAUUUCCAUGAUGUCUUAAUUUUUCCCCAGAGGUUGUAGCUUGUGUUUAACAGGUGAAACUAUGAUCUCUUUACACCCACUGACUCCUUUUAUAGAGCAAAUGUAGAGCAUCAGGAGGAUAGUCAACAGCUGUCCAUCCAUACCGGAUAGGAGUCACAGUGAUAGAGCUCUUCAUUAUUAAAUAGCUGAGCGUCUCUGACGAAGAUGAAAAUGGCUCUCAGGAUGAAGGAGAUAAAGAGCUGGAUGUGGAUGUAGUUCCUGGUGCAGUGCAGCUUCCUGAAGAAAUAUUAACAUUCACAAGUUAUUGUAUAACCCACAGCUUUAAAGGGCAGAUUCAGUGAUUCAGUCAAAGGUAUGCGAAAAAGGUGAAAGGGAAGACCGGUGCAGGAUUUCACACAGUUAUCUGUGAUUAGAGGAGGGGCAGGGGGAGAGGAGAAAAAUGUUUCUCACCUAAACAGACAGAAUAUGGCGAUAGCGAUGGUAAGAGAGAUGAGGGAGAGCGUGUAUCCAGCUGUGUACAUGGUCUUCACGAAGGAGAAAUACAAAUGGGAGCCUGAGGACUGAACAAGGGAAAGCGGACAGUGUUCCAUUACUUUCCAAAACAGCAGGAUUUGGCAGUAUAUGUGAGACAAUGAAUCAUCCACAUCUUGUAGUCCAUACCGGGUCUAACUCAAACUGAGUUCAGUGUUAAUUAUUUAGCUUGAGGUGGUCCAUAGGCCAGAGACAAAGGUCUAAUUAAAGCCAGAUAUCAAAUUUAUCUCAUAAAUGUUGCCUGUUUUAAGAGUUUAGUUGCCAGUUUACAUGAACAAAGCUUUCAUGUCUGUGGGAUAAAUAUGUAGACAUAGCCAGGAGACAGUUAGUUUAGCAUAUAUAGUGUAAGCUCAUCUGGCUACUUCUAAAGGUGAAAAAAAAUCCACUUAUCUGCAUGUCUAUGGUUACACCUAUUGGUCUUCCUGGAUAAUUGCACCAUCCAAGAUAUUGUUCCAGCAUGUCACUUCUCAACUUGCAGUUUUGACUUUUACUUAGCUCUUUCCUCUAGCUUAUAGCCUGUAUGCUAAGCUAACCAAACAGGCAGCUGGCACUAGCUUCAUAUUUAGCUUACAGAUAAAAUGUGAGAGUGACUGGAACAACUGUUCAUUUAACACGGAGCAGAAUAGAGAUGUUCACAGAUUGAAAAUGAAUCUUAUCUUUUGCUAAGCUAACAGGCUUUUAUCUGAGGCUUCAUAGCAUAUAUAUAAGUGCUCAGACACAAUCAGUGUUCUCAUCUAACUUUUAGCAGGCGUCUUUCUCUGGUUGUUAAACUCAGGCUUAGACUGCAGUUAGCUCAAAUAGCAUUUGGUUAGUGCACAUCUGAGUGUAUCUAUGCCUCAUAAUUAAAUAAUGGAUCAACAACAUGUACUAUAUGUACACUGGAAAGUAAAGCCAAGUGAUCAUUGCUGUACAGUACAUUUAAAACAACAGAUGUUGACCCAAAGUGCUUUCCAGUAGAGACAUAUGAUUAAGUUUACAAAUUCAAAGAAAGCCAUGCAAUAUUUUACAUAAAACAGUUUUAUCAGACUAAUUUAGACAUUAAGCCACGAUGCCACGAUAUUAGAAAUAUUACAAAUUGAGUUGACUCAUUUAGAAAUUAAGGUUUGACCCUACAUUAUUUGAUAUAAACAAAUAUACCUGAAUAAUUCAAAAAGCAGAAAGUGCAAACCUCUCCAAGAAACUGGAGUGUCUCAUUGAAAGUGUAGCCACACGCAUCUGCAUGUGGGACCAGCAGACCUGUCCAGCCAUCAAUGGUACAGUUACGUUGGACUUUACCUGAAAGAGAGCCAUAAAGUCACAGCUCUGUCUCUGAGUGUGGAAAAUAUGCCAACUAGAAAAGCACAUACAGUAUAAUCUGAAAUAUAAUGUCAUUCUGAAUAUGGAAUAUGGACAUAUCAGGCAGUAAAAGAGCUGCAGCAGCAUUCAUUUCCCUCUCUGAUAAACCUCUGGCUCUUCAAAUAUAUAUUUUAUUCUAUCACCCUCAUCUCCACUCAAAUACUGAACACUAUAAUGUGUUACCCGGAGUCUCUGUGUACACAAAUGUUUUAUGGCUCAGUGUUUGGAUAGAAAGCCUGAGAGGGACAAGUUGUAUCAAUCUGUGAAAACAAAUUAGUUUUCGGGCAAAUAUCUAACCAUUGCAAUGUGGUACAGAGUAGUUCAGACAAUUGGUGGCUCUAAAUGUGUGUCAUUGUUUGUAAUUUACCUUCUGAAUCAAAAAAAUCUGGACAUGGUUGAGAAACUGUUUCCCCGAGAAAAGCUGGUGGCCAGCAGUUCAGGUGGUCCCACAUUCCCUUGCAGUGAACACUCAUAUUGUUAUCUUAAUAGACAGAACAGAUAUGAGAAUUUUUGUUUGCUUGGAUUCGAUGCAAAUAAUAGGGAGAAGGUAUAAAAAGUCAAAAAGAAACAACGUGAUGAUUUAGUUGCAAAACAAAUACUGCAAUGCCACCGUAUCUGGAUUAAUCUUCUUAAAUAUCUUCAGUAUCUUCGGUGCCUUCUGUAUUUUGGCCUGUGGAUUUCAGUGUGCAUUGCGUUAUUUGACCACUAGAUGUCACUAAAACAUUGCAGAAAAUUUCUGUAAAUUAAACAACAAAAAAAGCUUAAUUCAAAGUUUUAUUUCAUUUAAGAAAUCGCCAGCAAUUUACUGUUAAAAAUAUGUACAACAAUAGGAAGGAAUUACGCAAUGUAGAAAACUGUAUGAACUUACCUGUUGCUUUGUGUGAAAUUAAAAGUUGCAGAUCUUUCAUGCACUUUUCUUCCUCUUCCACGAGAUUCACAUGAGGAUGACAACCCGAUGACGACCUUGCCUGCAAGACAUGGAGGUUCCCUUUUGUCAUCAGGAUCAGUGCCUAUGUCCAAACCUCAAGCUGCAUAUCUUACUGGAAUGAAAAGCAUCAUCCUGCCAGGCAGCAGAAAUAUGAGUUUAAUAGAAAAUGCAGUCAACCAAUCACAUUCACCCCUACGCCGUUGUCCCGCCUCUUCAGAGCACUGGUGUCGCCCUGGUAACGACACUGUUUGACGGUGGGGUCCAACAACGGCAGAAAGUCCUCCAGCCUUCUGUCAUUUCUCUCAUGAGGAGCCGGAGCUGACCUUUUCGCCAGGAUGGAGGUGGCCCUGUCUGGUCCACAGACCCUCUCAGAGCCCCUCAGGAGGGGGACACCUCUGCCUCUAAGCCAGCUGGUGGAGGAGAGCAGGAGCAGAGCCAGCAUCCCCAAUCAUCUACUGGAGUCAAAAAUCUAUGCCAAACUGAAAAGCAACAACCUGAUCGAAGCAGAGCCUUCAGUGCUUCACUUCAGUGGGUUUGAGCUGGGGAAGGAUUACAUAAAGACUGUGAAACUAAUCAACAUCUCAUCUGAAGUUAUGAAUAUUCAUCUAAUUCCCACCCAAACCAAGCACUUCCAGACUACUUAUACCAAAAAGUAUCGACUCAUCCCAGGACUCGCCUACACGCUGAAGGUCGGCUUCUGUCCUGAUGAGUGGCGCUACUUCUAUGACUGCGUUCGCAUUCACUGCAAGGGGGAAGAGAACCUGUUAAUUCCAGUUCAUGCUUACCCUGUCAUCGAUGACCUGCACAUCCCUCCACACAUCGACUUAUCAGCCGUACCACUUGGACAAAGUGUUCGCCACGCUAUUCCUUUGAGAUGCAGCUGUCCAAUUGACUUUGAGUUUCAGGUGUUUGUUAUUCAGCCACAUGAGGCUUUCUCCGUCCACCCCCUCACAGGUGUGAUUCCAGCCAAUGGUGAGGUGAAGAUCAUUGUGACCUUCAGUCCUUUCCAGUAUGAGACGUCUCAAGUCACCAUACAGCUCGUCAUUUCACAGUUCAACACCAAGCCUUACCUCUGUACCAUCAGUGGGAGGUGUGAACCUCAUCCAGCACUCAGUCAGCUGGAAAGAAAGCCGGGUCAUGGAGAUGCAGUGUCUGCAGAAUACAAAAGAUCUUCACCUGUUGCCCAAGUGCCUUCUCGAAGUAAAACUAAACACAGAUCAACAAAGGAGGCUGACAAAACGAAGAAAUUGAGAGAGCAGGCUGAUGUUAAGUCAGCACUAAACCCACCAGUGGAUGUUUGUACUCCUGCAGGGGUGGCAAAGAUGCUGAUCAAAGACACCAGUAAACUCAACUCUAAAGACCUGAAGGAAGCCAUAUCCUGCGGCAGUGUGGUAGGACCGUCAAACAGGCAGAUAAAGGAGGCACUCUUCAUGAAAAAAGUCCAGCAAAACGUGAAGGCAGAACAAGCCAACCACCUUAAAUGGCAAGUUCAUCUGGGUAUGGACCCCAUGCCAGUGCAAACCAGGAGGCAGAUAGUGGAGGAACGAGAGGUUGCGUUGCAUGAGUACAUGGUAAAAAGGGGAGAUGUGAUGCAGGAUGAAGACUUUGCUGCUGGACCACCUAGACUUUCCUCCAAGCGAGUGCUGCGUGAAGUAGGACAGGCCCCUGAGGGAGCUCCAUGCUUCCAGUUUUACUCCAGUUUUCAGUGGGAGCUGAGACAAAGAGCCCUCAGACUGUUCCAGCAGGCAGCACGCAAGGUAGUGAUCCGAUGCCGCAUGAACCGGCGACUGGUUUCUUUGAAGAAACUGGCAGACAGUAUGAAGAACCUUCCCUCGGCACAGAAAGCUGCAGAAAAGAUGAGCAACCUGAAAAUCUCUUCAAACAGAGUCUUUGCAUCUUCUUUCCCCAUUUUCACUAAUGAAGAAGACCCCCUGGCUCAUAUUAAUUUGGUGGCCAUGCCUGCAGAUCCUAUUGAUGUGACUGUGACAACACACGUGCCUUUCUUCAAGCUUCAGGUUCCUCAACACUAUAAGCUUAUGGGCUACAAGCUAGUGUCAACUUGGGAGGCAUUUAACUCUUAUAUUCCCAACACUUUGGCUCGGCCUCUUCGCACUGCAACUCUGGACAAACUUGUGUCUGAUGAAGUCAGAACUCAAUCUCCCAAAACAGUGGAGCCCAAAGCAGAAGAGGAAGAGCAGCAUGAAAAUGAAGAGGAUGACAUGGAAGCAAAGGAGGCCACCAGUCUCUCCUUCAGUGCCCCUGAAGCUCUACUCAGACCUUUCCCAGCAAACCCGCUCAGAAUCUUUAAUCCAGCUCCAGGGCUUCAGGCUUGCAAACCAACCCCCAAAUACCUAGAGAGCGAUUUGGAGUUCCACUUAUGUCCUCUGCCCAGGUACACAGUCCCUGAGAGCAACAUGUGUGGCAUAAAAACACAAACACCCCACACUGAGAAGAAGUGUCUCAAUCACAAGGAGAUGAUCCCAGGGGUCAUGAAAUGGAAGAAGUUUGAUUCGAUCACCUUGAGGUGUCUGUCCAAACAACCUGCUCUCACCAAUGACUGUGUCCCAUGCAGGUUUGUCGACUACAGCACAGAUAUACUUCCACUUGCAGUGCCUCCUCCUCUCGUCAACCUCCCUGAUGAUAUAUCACCACUAAUGGACACAAUGUGUCAAGGUUCAGGAGUCCAACUCACGCCAGAGAUGAUCAGAGCUGAGUUCUUGUCUGGAGAAGCUCUGGUCUCCAAUAGCAACCUCACUACAGGAUUCACACCCAGGCACCAGAGGGAGCAUCGGAUGGAGGCAACAUACAGGUCUGAGUUCAACAAGAUGGGAAAAAGAGUGGUGACCAGACUGAAGCAACUUGAACUCUCAGAAAGAACUUCUCAUUCACCAGGAGAGGACUAUGAAUAGGCAAAACCUGUGUACGCACACAUAUUGUAUACAUAUGAAUAAACAAUUGCAGGGCAACAAAUAAGCAGUAUAUGAAUCCUACUCAGCCAUACAAGGCUCUCCUUCCUGCCUCUUCUGUAGAAUACAACCUAGUCACUUCCUCGCCCCCCUAUAAGCCUCCUGUCUACCCACUCAAAAUUACCAGUAAGCCUCCCUCAUGUGCUCUUACAAAGCCUGGAAAUUUGUUAUCCCUCCUCCCACUCAGAGCCAUAUAUAAGCACAGCUACAGUAUAUUCUAACAAGCUGCAUCACAUGACUGACGGGCACAAUAAAUUAAACAUGAUAAUUUUGCUUUUUAUACUGCUGUUUUUAUAGAAGCAAAGUGUGUCUAUGCUUUUUGUUAUUAAACCUUUUUAUGUUGCAAAA